UUUGUUACGUUUGCAUUUUAAAACAAAAUAGGAACGAAAAUAUAAAAGCGAUGUCAUUUUCAUCUAAUUUGCUGCUAGUCAAAUCGUGAAAUUUAUUCAAUUUAAAAAUUAAACUUUUUUUAUUGAAAAAUGGAUCAAGAAUUACUUCUUAUUGAGGGCGAUGGUUGUUUCACAAUUAUAAAUAAAAUGUCAGUCAUUUUCGAUUCAAGUAUUCCGGAACUGAAACGUGGGAUAACCAUCAAGUAUCUUUGGCCAGAAUUUUCUGCAGUGCAAAAACGUUACACGGGAACCAUAAUUGGCAUGUCAAACAGCGAGAAAGAAUUGCUAACACUGCAAAAUCAAAAAUUAAAGGAAGCUGGAAAAAGAAGUCAGGCAAAGAAACGAAAACUUCAAUGCGACUCUUUUUCUGAAAGUGAGGAUCAAUCAAAUUUCGAUGAAUCAAGUUCAAAUGUAAUUUUUGACAAAAUUCAAGAGGCAUUGCAACUUAACAAACAGUUAACUAAGAUUUUAGAGGAUUUAAAAAAACUCGCUUUUUCUGUUGACCGAAGCCAAGGUAAAAAUUUACGCUUCUCAUCAAUUUCGAGUGCAAUUAAAGAUAACACACCAUUAUUGUCAAAUUUAAAUAAUGCAGUAACUGAGCACCAGGCAUCUACAUCUUUCAAUUGGCUUUUGGAAAAUCCACAUUCCUCAAUAAUUUCAAAAUCCAUAAAAGAAAAAGCAGUUACUAAGCCUCUCGCAUCUACUGCUUUCAAUUCGAUUUUGAAAAAUUAUAGCGAAGACUAUGAGGAAAGUGAAGGUGAACAACAUCUUGAAAAAGAAAACAUCACUGGUCCUAAACUCAUGGAAACAGAGGGUGUUGUUGAAGAGAACAAUAUGUUCAUAUUUACGAAAAGUACUGCCGGCGAUAAGGCUGUUGAAUUGAUCUCAGAGAGCGAUGUAUAUAUCGAUAAAACCGUUUUGAAAGACUGCAAACGCAAAGCAACAUCGCAUAAUGCAUUAGCGCGAAUGCUAAUGUCCAACAUUUUUACUGCAGAAGCACUUCUUCAAUAUAAUUUGGAAACAAAAAAGAACAAGGAAGGACUUCCAAGUUCUGUCAUUGACGUGAUUUUAAAAUAUUGUAUCAAUGUAGCAAGGAAGAAUGGAUGGAGGCCGAACAAUGAUCGGGCAGUAAUUGAUAGUCUUCGCUCUAAAUUAAAAGAAAUAAAAGUAAAACAUGCCCAUAAAACGCAACCGAAAAAGUAAAAAAAGUUAUUCAGUUUAAUUAUUUAAUUAAUAUUAAUGUUC